AUCGUAAUAUGUGUCAAGUAUAAUUCACAUCGCAUUUGCAAAUCAAGCUUAUUUUUCUUUACAGUAUAAUUUGUUUUUCAAAGAAAUCAGAUGUUAAGUAACUACAAAAAAACAAUGUUUUAGUAGACAACGGAUCUAUUGUAUUAUUUUCGGUUUUUAGUAUUUACAUUCCUUCAACAGUUUUAAAUAAAUUUAAAAUAAUUUUAAAAAAGUUUUUUUUUUUUUGAAAUAUUAAAAAAUUAAUAUUAUUACAUAAUUGAGUCGGGAAAGAAAGUUAACAUCAACGAAUUGCUGCAAAAAUUUAUGUUUUAUUUUAAUUCUUUGAGAAGCUAUUAAAUUUAGAAUUAAAAAAAAACGAAAAUGGAAAACAACACAACAGAAAAUAACACUUUAAACGGAAAACUUCAUUUACAAUCAAAUGGAAAUGUAAUACUAAAAAACGAAGGAGCAAUACCUACAUCCAAUGAAUCUUCAUCUACUAAUAAUAGCACAAUCGAACAAAAUCAUCCUGAUUCAGACAUGAAAACAUGGGAAGAAGUAUCUAUAUCUGUACCAUGGGGUUUAGUAUGCGGUAAAUGGUGGGGUCCUCGUAACAAACAGCCAAUAAUUGCUAUACAUGGUUGGCAAGAUAAUGCUGGUACAUUUGAUCGCCUGAUACCAUUAUUAACACCAAAACAUCCAGUUCUAUGUAUAGAUUUACCCGGUCACGGUAAAUCAUCAAAAUACCCACAGGGAAUGCAUUAUUAUUUAUUUUGGGAUGGUAUAUCAUUAAUUCGGCGUAUUGUUAGAAAACAUCAAUGGAAAAAUGUUAUAUUACUUGGUCAUUCAUUAGGUGGUGCUUUAGCAUUUAUGUAUGCAGCAUGUUUUCCAAAUGAAGUUGAUAAAUAUAUAAGUAUUGAUAUACCCGGUCCAUCUGUACGUUGCUUAAAAAAACAAGCAGCUAUUACUGGUCAUUCUAUUGAUAAAUUUUUGGAUUAUGAAGAAUUACCUGAAUCAAAGAUACCAUCUUAUACUUAUAAUGAAGUUAUAGAAUUAGUUUUACAUGCAUACGAUGGAUCAGUUGACAAGCAAGGUGUUGAAAUUUUAAUGAAACGUGGUAUGAAUCCUGUACCACAACAUUUAGACAGAGAAGGUUAUGCAUUCGCUAGAGAUCUCAGACUUAAAGUCAGUGGUUUAGGUAUGUUUUCAAAGGAGCAAGUAUUAAGCUAUGCUGAACGUAUUAAAUGUAAAGUACUAAAUAUUAGAGCAGAACCUGGUAUGAAAUUUGAUGUAUAUGAUGAAAUAAUUGAUCAUAUUAAAACUAGUGCUGAAGUUGUUAUAAUGCAUAAAGUACCCGGAACACAUCAUAUACAUUUAGUUAAUCCAGAACGGAUAUAUAAAUUUAUUAAUGAGUUUUUGGAAAUGUAAUUAAUACAAGUUUACAACAAUUCUAUAUAAAUAUAAUUUUAAAAACAACAAAAAAAAAUCGCUAAAAAUUCUGAUUCUAAAACAAAAAAACAAACAAUGUGUUAAAUAUUUAACUCAAAUUAGAAGUAAUAACAUAUAGCUGGAUACUAUGAUUUUUUUAGCACAUCGAUUUAUGUUUUUAGUUUUAAAAUUUAUUUAAUUAAAAAAAAUACAUAUUAAUAGCACUACGUACUUCUAUUUAAUACACAAAUGAUUUAUGUUCUUAUGUUAAGAUGGUAUUUAUUUCAAGAGAGAAAUCACAAAUAUGAAAAAUAAUAACGAGGCUGUUACGGGAACUAUUUUUUACUUUUUAUGUUGGAAUGUUUUAUUUUUGAUAUAUAAGAAUAUAUUAUGAUGAUGAAUACACUUUGAGAUUCAAAAUGGUAAA